CCUAUAAAAUGUUCAUAUUCUGUCGCAAAAUAUAUAUAUAUAUUUUUUUUUACAACAACGUGCCCUUAAAUGGUGAGUCACCUGUAAGCUUAAUUAUUUUGUGCCAGAUGAAGCAACAUGAUCACGCUGCGGGUGUCAGCAACCCAACUACCUUAUCCUGCUUCAAGGUGACGUAUUCAAUCAUUAACUCCGCAUGUCCUCUGCCUCGAGUAUAUCACACACACAUUAGCCAUUCAUUUGCUAUAGAUUCAAAGGAAAGAGGAGAAACAGAAGAAUGAAUAUUACAUUCAGGACAUGACCGAUUUUUAAGGGCACCAAUUCAGUCAAACGGUGGGCGGGAAAGAAAACGUUUCGUCAGCAAGCACCAGUCAGCCAAACUUUAUAUUUUUCUCACUCCCAGGUUGACAACUGACCGAAGUACAGUCAUGCCCGGUUCCUCAUUAUGGACACCGACUAAGCAUAUUUUCAAUCGAUCCGUGGUUGAAAUACAUUUACCUUGCUAUUCUCUAUUCUUGUGAGUAAUUUUCUGACGUGCCGCGGCGGUGGAGAGAAAUAACAGUGAUCUUGAGGAAUAAUCGGUGGGUUAUGAACAUUCAAUGUAUUAUUAUUGAUCGAGACAUCGCUAGAGGAGAACAGCAUAAUGGAAUAACAAUAUCUCAUGACAACCAAGUUAUGUAGUUUUACAUCCAUUCUCCAACCCCUGAUACUAUAAAAGGGGUACAAACUCAAUCCGAAUUCCAUUCUGCCUGUCCUGAGGUGGCUGGACCACCAGUAUGGACCCCUGGCAAACUCUGGUGUCCAGAUGUUCUGCAUGGUGGCAGAUGCAUACUCCACAUGCACUGAGAGCUUGUAUUUAUGAUGUAUGUAAACCCCUGGUGCCUCUUCUUCUCUGCAUCGCUGCCCUGGUGGCUGUGAUUUUGUACGCUCUGGCAGAUAAUCUGCACAGCUUUGUGUGCAGGAUCUUCAUUCCCCAGUAUCAUUACCCUUAUGCAGUGCCACUUGCAUUCAUACAGGUGUUUCUAAAUCUCCUGGCAUUGCUGGCAUUACACGGCAUAGGACUGAUCCACCUGAAGCCUUUUUCACUGAAGCUGGCCGAGCGUUUGUUGGUGCCUGCUAUCUGUGGUAGCGUCCAGUGUGUUCUGGCCCUUUGGGCUGAGGCCAAUUCCCACUCUGGUCUGUACCCACUCAUCGCCCGCUUCCUCCCACUGGUCAGUCUGUGCAUGGGUCAUCUGUUUGUACUCAGUAUGCCUGGAUCCAUCCAUAUUUCCUGUCUGCUAACAGCUGUCACUUUUGCCUCCGUCAGCGUCACAGCCUGUCAAGGACUGCAUACGAUGGAGGUAUUGGAAUAUGUCUACUCUCCUCUCAGCCUGGUCCUCCACAGCCUGUCUCUAGUCUGGCUAGCUAAAGUCACCCAAUCAGAGCGAGGUCAUGCCUCAAUCUUUGAUAUGUAUUACACUCUCACGGUUUCACGUUGUCUAUUAUUAGGCUUCCUAUGUGUUUUGCACCCUGAUGGCCCAAAGGCACUUAUUGAUGGCAGCUGGCACAGUCUGCUUUUCUACGGAUACAUGCUUGGGAUGUUGCUGCUGGGUGCUGUGCAGCUUCUUUUUGUGGACGUAACAGCGUUAUAUUUCUCUGCUCUCCCAGCAGCUGUGCUGCAUGCUACCAGAGGGUUGAUGCUGCCCCUGUUCAGUGUGUUAUAGGACAAACUGAGAGUGUAGACCAUUCUGAGAAGCAACCAACCAGUAAAAAAAUAAGUGGCCAAUCACCAGCUAUACAGUAAAGCAACCAAAGGAAUAUUCUAGGUUUAAUACCAGUUAAUCUCAAUCGACAGCAUCCGAUUACCACAAAAAUAUAUUUUGACUUGUCCCUCCUUUUAAAAAAGUAGACAUCUGGGUUACAGUGAGGCACUUACAAUGGAAGUGCAUGGGGCCAAUCAGAAAAUAACCACUUUUCAUAAGUAUAGCCACAAGAUGUAAACACUAUACAUGUUAUGAUUGUAGAGUGAUACAAUGGCUUACUAACUUUUCUGUGUAACUUAAUUGCCAUGGCGACAUAAUUCUGGAAACCCUAAAACUCUAAAAUGACUGUAAAAACAAAUUUAAGCAACUUUACAGCUUAAAAAAUACAAGUUUUAACAGAAGAAUUUGCCCUGUUCACUUCCAUUGUAAGUGCCUCACUGUAACCUGGAAUUUAGCAAUUUUUUAAAGAAAAGGAUGGCGAGUCGAAAAUAAAUUUUUGUGGUAAUCUACAUUAUGUCACAAAUGCUGUUGAUUAAAUGUAACUUCUUUUGAACCUGGAAUAUUCCUUUAAGAAUAACCAAUCAAAGACUGCAAAAGGAGGUCAAUGCAACUCUAGAAAAUUAACAGUAUUAAAACUGAAUUCAGAGGUAUGACAACCUCUUCGGAUUGUAAUCCAUUAAUGUAUAUGGUUAUGCCACCAGCAAACAUAUGUAAGCUCUCUUGGCUUUCACUUAAACUAUGAAGCCUAUUUUAUAAAACCUUUUAGAUUAUCAUUUUUAUUAAAUUUGUAUGCAUUGUGGCAUUAUUGUUAUAAAAAUUAAACACGUUUCCUCCAAUUUUCAUUUACAAUGCAAUUUUUUUUUUUUUUAAUUUCUUAUUUAAGUAAUUUUUUUUAAAUAUAUAUAUAUUUUUGUAUUAUAGCUGCCUUUAAUGCUGUGAAGUAAAAAUUACAGUGUGCUUAAUUUGAUUAAAAUAAUGUUAUGAUGCAAAAAAAAUAAAUGCUUGUUUUUUUUUUUUGAAAAAUCAAAUGUAAUGUAUUUUUUUCCUGUAGAGUUGGGGGUGAAAUAUGACCUGGAGAUGUUAUUGACAUGCUCCGAGAGAUUCACCCGAGUAUGCCAUUACAGUGAGAUAUGUUCACAGUGAGCGCACAACGAAGGUCUUCACAUUGCUAAAAUGUAUGGUUUAAUCUCAGCACUGAAUAAAAAAAUAGCAACAAUUUAAGAAUAUCAAUAUAUAUAUGUAUAUUUUAAAAGCGGAAAACCUAGGACUCAUGUACAAAUUUUGCUCUUAACCUACAUUACAAAAUCUUCUGUAUUGUUAUUACGUUUGGAGCAAAUAAAACAUAUUGAUGAGGUUUUCUCAUUGCAUA